UUGGCGGCGAUGAGCACUAAUGGGAGGUCGUCUUUACCUUGCGGAGUGCCGCCCCUUCUCUCUCCCUCCUCCCGCCUCCUUCCUUUGGGGGGAAGGCGGGGCCAGAGGCCUGAAGUGUGGGGAGAACUUGGGCUCCGCUCUACUAUAUGAAAUAUGGGAGACGACAGACCGUUUGUGUGCAAUGCCCCGGGCUGUGGACAGAGAUUUACAAAUGAGGACCACCUGGCAGUUCAUAAACACAAGCAUGAGAUGACAUUGAAAUUUGGCCCAGCCCGAACUGACUCAGUCAUCAUUGCAGAUCAAACUCCUACUCCGACUAGGUUCCUGAAGAACUGUGAGGAGGUGGGGCUCUUCAAUGAACUAGCCAGCUCCUUCGAACAUGAAUUCAAGAAAGCUUCAGAUGAGGAAGAAAAAAAGGCUGCUGCUGGGCCCCUUGACAUGUCUCUGCCUUCUACUCCCGACAUCAAAAUCAAAGAAGAGGAGCCGGUGGAGGUAGACUCAUCGCCACCUGACAGCCCUGCCUCCAGCCCCUGCUCCCCGCCACUCAAGGACAAGGAGGUUGCCCCGAAGCCUGUUGUGAUUUCUACGCCCACGCCUACCAUCGUUCGCCCUGGCUCCCUGCCUCUCCACUUGGGCUAUGAUCCACUUCACCCAACCCUUCCCUCCCCAACCUCCGUCAUCACACAGGCUCCACCAUCCAACAGGCAACUGGGGUCUCCCACUGGCUCCCUCCCUCUCGUCAUGCAUCUUGCUAAUGGACAGACCAUGCCUGUGCUGCCAGGGCCUCCGGUACAGAUGCCUUCUGUUAUAUCGCUGGCCAGACCUGUGUCUAUAGUACCCAACAUUCCUGGUAUCCCUGGCCCACCAGUUAACAGCAGUGGUUCUAUUUCUCCCUCUGGCCACCCUAUGCCAUCAGAAGCCAAGAUGAGACUAAAAGCCACCCUAACCCACCAAGUCUCCUCAAUCAACGGUGGUUGUGGGAUGGUGGUGGGCACAGCCAGCACCAUGGUGACGGCCCGUCCUGAGCAGAGCCAGAUUCUCAUCCAACACCCUGACGCCCCGUCCCCUGCCCAGCCACAGGUCUCACCAGCCCAGCCCACUCCUAGUACCGGAGGGCGCCGGCGACGCACGGUGGAUGAAGAUCCGGAUGAGCGGCGGCAGCGCUUUCUGGAGCGCAACCGGGCUGCAGCCUCACGUUGCCGUCAAAAGCGGAAGCUAUGGGUGUCCUCCCUGGAGAAGAAGGCAGAGGAGCUCACUUCCCAGAACAUUCAGCUGAGUAAUGAAGUCACAUUACUACGCAAUGAGGUGGCUCAGUUGAAACAGCUACUGUUAGCUCAUAAAGACUGCCCAGUCACUGCACUACAGAAGAAGACCCAAGGCUAUUUAGAAAGCCCCAAGGAAAGCUCAGAGCCAACGGGUUCUCCAGCCCCUGUGAUUCAGCACAGCUCAGCAACAGCCCCUAGCAAUGGCCUCAGCGUUCGCUCUGCAGCUGAAGCUGUGGCCACCUCGGUCCUCACUCAGAUGGCCAGCCAAAGGACAGAACUGAGCAUGCCGAUACAGUCGCAUGUGAUCAUGACCCCACAGUCCCAGUCUGCGGGCAGAUGAUGCCUCCCCUGGUGGAGAGGUCCCCAGCCAGAGCUCGCCCGCCCAGGAGCCAAGAGAGAUAUCAUCUUAUCCCCUCCCAUCUGCCUCGGACAUGGCAACAUGGGGGGAAAAUUGUGUGUUGUGAGUAACGGACAGAUGUGAGGCUUUUCUCUUCAGCCACAUGGUCAUGUACGUUGACACCUGUACUAGGAGCCUCCCAGCCCCAGAGCCGCAUAGAUCAUCCCCCGAGGGGGGCGUUUCUGAUAUAUCCAUAGCCAAAGGCCUUUCCAGAUGGUCCGAACAAUCACCCCUGCCCGUGCACGUGUACCUGUCUCUUUUAACACUAACCCUUGCUCUUCUAGGUUUCAGGAUUCUCGGUUCCCUCUCUUCCCACUAAGCCGCAGCUGCUACCUUCUCGUUCCUUAGCAGCAUGCCACUUCCUGCUGGGCAGAGGGAGGCUAGAGUUGAUGGCGUGUCACCCUCUGACCCAUCCCCAGCCACACCGUGGACUCAGGACUUUGUCUCCCAGUAGCUGCUUAUUUAUCCCUUUGUCCCCUUCCUAAAUUCUAGUUAAAACAUUCACUUAUGGGAAAUGUAAGGUUACCUUUGAUGUAUGAGGUAGCAGUCUUUUCCAGCUAUUCCAUAAACCUUAGUCCUUCUCCCUACCUGCCACCCAAACAACAAACAAAAAGCAAAAAGAAAGAAACAAAACCCCGAGAGUUCUAACCCUUUUUCAUCUAUUUCCGGAGCUAUUUGGGUACCUCAUUUUGUCUCUCUAGUUUUCCCAGUCUAGUCGUGGGGUCUUUUCCACCUCCCGCUAACCUCAUCUUGGCAACCUCAUCUUGUGGCCUUAUUAGCUGUUGCUUGGUAGUGAAAAGGGAAAGUGCCUGGGGUCUGACUGGCUGACCCCCUCCCCACUCCAUCUUCCUUCAGUCCUAACCCUCAGGCCCAGUAGGAAGAAUGUCGUUUAAAGCUUGAUCCUUGUAUGUCUUACAAGAGUUUACUGGCCAAAGCAUACAUAUUCCUUUUGGUCAUCUUUCUGCUCCUGCUCCUCCUUCUUUAUUUCCCUGUCCACAUUACUGCCUCUGUCCCUCUUGUAGAACUGGUUGAGAUGCAGCCCUCUAGAGGCUGUCACGUAAGGGACUCCUGCGCUCUCUGGCUCUUCCCCAUCUCUCAGCCUCACACAUCUGUCUUCUUUCCUGAGCUGGGUCUUAUAUUCACAAGUGCCCCCCACCCUCUGGAUCUCUCUUCUCUCUCUUUCACCAGCUUCCUAGCCUGGCCACUAGGUCUCUCUGGCUCUGCAGUGUUUCUUCAGCACUUUUCUGCUCUCUGCUGCGCAGAAGCAAUGCUUCUCCAUAGUCCAAGCCCCAGGACUCUGAGGUGUCACAGCCAAGGUCCUGAGUGGGGUUUCUUGAGUAUAAGGUAGGAUGGGGAGAGGCGCAGUCCUAUCCUCAGCAGAAGAGCCCUGCUUGUGGAGGGUUUGGCCUGCCUGGGAGACUGGUGACUAUUGCUCUCAGCCGUUCUUACUUUGAAGAGUUGGGUUGUAGGGGGAGAAAUUCAUCCUUCUUGCCCCUCUUUCUUCCCCAUUAAGAUUUCUCAUCUUCCUUUGGCUCUGAACUACACAAUUUCUACCAGGGCUGUAGGAAGCAAUCCAAAGCCAGAGGCCUGUGGAUAGAUAGGUCAGCUUUCAUAGCCCUUCAGUAUGAAACCUUCCAGUUGUCCCAGAGCCACCUUCUGCCAUCUGCCCAAGGCAAGAAUGUCCUUUUCUCCAUCUCUCCCCUCUCCAUCUUAAGCAUACAUACAAAAUAACUGCCAGCUUCCUUUCCUAUUUUGUCUUCCCAAAUUGGCUGUCAUGGGGGAAUGAGGAAAUGUUCUAAGCUACAAGAUUCCCAUCUCCUCAGAGUGAUUAAACUGGUGAGCCAGUCGGAUGACAUGUUUUACUGCAUUUGUUUGUAAUUUUCCCUCCUGCUUUUCAGAGCCGGUGCUGAACAAGCCACACCUGCUGAAGAGAAAGGAGAGAAAACAUGAUUUUUUCAUCCUCUGCCACCCAGGACCCAACAGGAACAGCCCCUGAGGUGACUUAGACUAGCAAGUGGCAGGGCAGAUGGUCAGGAUGCAGGCUGCCUCCUCCAGGGCUCUACUUGCCUUUAAAAACUCACAGCCAUAACUUGUGCUCAGGACUUUUCCUUUAGACGGCUGCUCCUUGGGAUUUUCUUCUGCUUCAGUUGUGUUUCCUUUUUUAUUAUCUUGAUUUCCCCCUAGCAGCUUUGCCCAAAGCUUGACUGAGUUUAUGGCUCCCAAGGAGCCUUCAUAAGACCCUUGAUUAUUUUCCUUCCCCCUUCAGUCAAGUGUUUUUCAAGUUAAGAAUCGGUUUGUCACUGCACACAUGCCCUGCCUCGCUACUGGCCUUGGAGGAAGUUUGAGCCCUGCCAGUGUGUCUCUGCAUAGGAUUUAUGUAGUGGAUCUCAUUUAGUUUCUUAGCCCCCAAGUCUAAUUCUCCUGAGUCCUUAUUUCACUUCCAUCAGUGGGAAGUAAGUAUUGGAGACCUAAAUGAGGGGCAUUGGCAGAGCCUUAGGAGUAAAGUAGCAGUGAAACAAGGAAGGGGGAAGACAGACCCUCCCAAACAGCUCCUUAGUUGUCCUUGGUUUCACUAAGAAGGCAGAGCAAUUGCUUACCCUGAAGCCUCUCUUAUAAUCAAGGGGAGUGUCACUUACCAUGUCAUUGCUGCCAGCCACGUGGCCGCUCUCCCCUGCGCUUUGCCUUCCAGACUCAUUUGGACUAGAACCAAACAUCAUGGAAGGUGUCACUUAGCCCUUCUUAAGGACCAUGGCCUUUCUAGGGGCCUGAGGGAAGACACUUGGUGAAAGGAGCUGGGAGUGUGGGUGCCUUGAGACUCAUCCUAGUGAAGCCAGGACUCAGGCCUCCCACCUUGCUCCAGAGACGCAGCUGCUGGAUACCCAAGGCCAUAGACAUGGGAGCCAGGACUGGGUCUUCUGGCCUGCAGGCUUUCUGUCCCGUUCUCUUAACAGAAAGCUCGCUUAGAGUUGAAAGUCUGAGAAAGCCUCCCACACUGCUAGGGAGGACUGGAAAGAGGAGGACCUCCUUUACUUCCUCUUACCCUGUUGGUUGUACACCCUAAAUCUGGCUUCCUUUGGCCUCCGCUCCUCACCUUGGCCCUAAGCUCCAGACCACAUACUUGGUGGUGGUGAAAGGAUGGCCUAACUGAGCCUCACCUUACUGCCUUCCCUGUGCCUGGUCUCUUGUUCUCGGCUCCUCUCCUGAUUCACUGCCCUCCUGCACACCCAUCCCGUAGACGGGUGCUUAUCCAUAACCGUGUCCCAUCUACAGCCUGAACCACCAAGCAGAACCAAAGAUUCCUCCUCUCGUUUCUGAGGCUCCCCUGCUCCACCCUGAGAGGCUCCUUUAAAGGUGCUAGCCCUGAGACAGCUCUCCCCCUCAAAAAAAGCCCCCCCUUUCAUAACUUCCUUCCCAUCCCCAAAUCAUUAUUUUCCAUUAAUAUUGUACAUUGUAUACACAGGAAGGAAAUGUAUUCUUUUUUUAAAAUUUCAUAACCAGUCUGUUUAGAAUCCAGUCCUUCUAGCUAGACCACAUAUGCCUUUGUUGAUAUGCUCUUUCUGCUUCUUUAGACUUUUGUUUGACAGGGGUGGAGGGAGGAACAGGACAGGUGAGGAUCCUAAGGCAGAUUAGGGGACCCCCCACAUCCUACUUCAGCCUCCCACAACCCUAAUCAUCCCCCUCAGAGUAUAGAACCGAUUUCUCUCUGUUUCUUGCACACGGGCAUGUGCACAGAGACAUAAAUCCCCAUCUACCCACCCGAGGGCGGUGUGGUAACCCAGCAGGAAUGAGCAUAGGUGGCUGCUGGCCAACUUUCCCACCCUCUGUACCAGUUCAUUCAUCUCUCUUUGGGGUAAAGUCCUACCCCAGAAUGAGGAAAAGCUGGGGAGAGUAGGGCAGGUUAAGGCAGCUUAUGUCCUUUGCAGUUGCAGGUUUGUAUUGUGCUGCUAGGGUUUAAUUUUAUUUUUUUAACGGGAGGCUGGUAGCACAAAGAUCUCUCACCAGCAUUAGCUACUGGUAAGUGGUGUUUUAGCUGUGAGAAAUGGCUAUGAGCACUAGUUUCACUGACUUUCCCUUCGGGCAGUAGUUCUUAGAAUAUGGUCCAGGACCAGCAGCACCAUCGUCUGGGAACUUAGAAAUGCACAUUCGGGCCCCACCCCAGACCUACUGAAUCCGGAGCUCUAGGGUUGGGCUCUGACAAGCACUCCAAGUGAUUCUGAUGCACACUAAAAAUGAGAACCAUUGCCUUAGGGGCAAGCUGGGAAAUUCUUGAGGGUGUCUAGGAUAUUUUAAGUACCAUCCUCUGCCUUAGCACUAACAUAUUUUUCCAUUUCCUCCAGUCCCUCCCUCCACUCCCAUUAAAACAACAAACACAUCACUCACAUCACAAUCUAGGUUUGUCUUCCUUCUGCGUAUCCCUAAAACCAGUCCUGCAUCUGUCUGGACAGAAGUUGUCCCAUAUUUUCUUGCAGACUGAUCACUCCACGUUCUCUGUUAGAGGAAGGACCAGCUGGAGCUUGAGCUGUCCUGUUCUCCCACAGACGCACACACACACCUUUCAGGGAGGGAGAUGAGCCUCCCGCCCCAGCAGUGGGGGCUGCAGCCUCCUAACAUAGUAUCUAUUGAAAAGAAAGCAGUGUGUGUCUAUGGCUGUAUCUCUGUUCACCUGUAUAUCUGACACGCAGCAACACCUCUCCACCUCAUCAAGGAACUCGACUCUGGGUCUGGGACUCCCCAGUCCCCAGUGGUGGGCUUUGACAGAUGGGAGGAUGCAGUGCUACAGGCUGUUUUGUUACAAAACCAUCUUCUCCCUCUCCCCUCCACCCAAUUCCGCAUGUCCCUGUGAGCAGGCUCUCACGUUCUCCCGGGACGGGGCUGAGGCAGAGGCUUCGCUCUCUUCUCCCUAACCGUCCCUUCUUCCUUCCCCCUUGCCACUUAGCAGUUACCCCCCCCCCCCCAGCCAUGCCUUCUCCCUUUCUCCCUUGCCCUGACAUAUAUUGUGCCUUAUUUAUGCUGCAAAUAUAACAUUAAACUAUCAAGAGAA